UAGACUUUUAAAAAAGGGGCAUUUGAAGAUGGAUAUGUUUCCGGUUAAUACCACCGGAAUAGACACGGCGGAGGUAAGGAAGAUUUAAGGAAAGCUUUCUCCUUUUAUUCUCUCUGACCCCAAAGGCAUCUCCUUUUUUGAGUCAAAUGGAGUCUCGAGGAUCUUCUGAGGCAGAAGAUGAACAGAUUGUUCAAGUCCGAGAAGCUUUAAUGUGCCUCAACGGCAAAAGAUUCGAGGGUUUACGAACCGCGAGGUUCCUUAAACACACCACCAUGUCUAUAGACGACGACGUUUUCGACCUCCCUCUGGACGCCUUUAUAUGCCGACCCGAGUCCGUUGAUCCGGAGAUAUGGACGGCCAAGAUUUCGUUUCCGGGCUGGGCCUCUCCGUCUCCGAACUGGAUCGAGUGGGUGAACGCUAUGGCGGAGACACACGCCACCGUGUGGAGGAAAGCAGGUGUGUAUGAUGCGAUCUUGGCGUCUCGGUACCAGAUCAAGAAGCAAGACGAGUUGAUGAUGGCUUUGGUGGAGAAAUGGUGUAUUGAGACGAACACGUUUGUGCUCCCUUGGGGUGAAGCGACGGUGACGCUUGAGGAUGUGAUUGUUCUUGGUGGGUUCUCUGUGAUUGGGAACAAUGCCAUGGCUCCUGUUAAGAGAGAGGAGAUGAAGGAGGUGGAGGAGAAGAUGAAGAAGGGGAAGCGUGAGAUUGAGGGUGAGUUGGGGAAGAAGUGUAGUGCUGGCUUGUGGAUGAAGGAGAUGAUGAAGUCAGGGAAUGAGAUUGAGCAUGAGGCCUUCCUGGUUACAUGGCUGUCACGUUUUGUUUUUCCCAGUUCAGGUGAUUUGGUGAAUGAUGUGCUGUUUCCGGCUUCGAUUCAGCUUGCUAAAGGGGUUACAUUGGCUCUGGCUCCGGCGGUUUUAGCGGGGAUAUACCGUGAUCUCGGUCUUUUGAAGGAGCAUCUUGCUGGUUAUGGUGAGAACGAUACGGUUGUGGUGAAGUCUCCGUUACAGUUUGUGCAGGUUUGGGCUUAUGAGAGGAUCAUGGAGUUGCAGCCACCGGGCCAGCCAGGUCAGUUAAACCCUGGUGAGCCACGGAUGGCCCGGUGGCACCAACAUGGUGGCGGUCAGAAUCUGUAUGGAUAUCCUGAGAAUGUUAGAGCGGUUUUGGACUCUACCACCAAAGAGAGUUUUGACUUUCGUCCUUACACAAAGCCUCUGCACAACUUCAAGUUCCCUAGGUUUUACAUGGAAGAUAACUGUUGGGUCCAUCUGCACUCUGAUGACAAGAACAUUGUAGCCUUUGGUCGGUGUUUGAGGUUCUGUAAACUGGUUGGUGUGCAUUGUAUUGAACCUUAUUACCCGCACCGUGUGGCGUUGCAAUUUGGUUAUGACCAGGAUGUUCCUGGUGUGGUUUCAGCUAGGAAUGAGACUCCGGAACUGGCUUGGAAAGACUAUAUCCGUCCUAUUUCAGGCGAUAUGAUGUACAUUCCUGCACGGGUCAAUGCUGGUGAUGUUACCGUUAGGUACAUUCGGUGGUGGAAGCUUUCUUUUGCGAUGUUACAGUCCGAAGCUAAGAAACUAUCCCACAAGCUUCUGGCUUCACCCCCGAGGCAGAAACCAUCAACUACAACAGCUGCUGCGACGACCACAACGAAGGUAACAUCUAGAGAAACAAAAACAAAGAAAGGGAGUCUUGGCCGUAGUAGCUCUUCAGGGAGCCUCAUAGGAUCAGAGAAAGGUGAUAAGCAUAGGCCUGAAUGGGUCCAGAGAUCACCACCGGGGUGGAAAAAGAGUCCUGAUAGAAGCUCGAGCAGUGCAAUUGGUGGUGCUAAGGAUCUUAAAGGAGUUCUCAGGGGCGUAGGGAGAACUAAGGGUCAUGGCCAUGUCACAUUUCAGCUUCCUGUUCCCUCACCCAAAAGGUCUCCUCCAUCCAACAAGACAAAUACUCCUUUGGAAAAGCAAAACGAUUCUACUGUCAAGAAGCCAAGAAUGAUACCUCGGGUAGCAGAUCUAGCCAAAAGAUCGAGCUCGUCUUCUCAGGUUCCAAGAAACACAUCAUUUGUUCCUCUUCCUCAUAGGCGAGAUAACUAUGUAAAGAACAACAAUUACUCAAGUCGGCGAGCUUCGAAAGAACCAUACAAGGCACCAUCUUUGUCUGGCUAUCCUUCAAAGAGGAAGAAGUCACCAAGAUCUGUUGAUACUGUCAACUCGCCUGGUCAGAAAAGCUCCCUAAGCCCGCAAGGUUCAAAAGAAUCUCCCAAGUCACCACCAUCUGUUUCUGGUUCUUCUUGUUUGACAAGGAAAAACUUACCAAGACCUCAAGAACUGAACAAGUCGUCAUCUUCUUCUCUUGGUUCUGUUUCUUUAACGAGGAAGAAGCCACCAAGAUCUUCAGAAGAUGCCAGCUUAUGUGGUAAUUCAUCAUCUGGAGGCCAUUCAAUUGUCAAGAGAAAUACUGAAUCCAAACGAGAAUCACCGAGAAAAGCUCAGGAACUCAAGGCUACUAAUGUGAAGUUUUUGGAGGAGAUUGUGACACUGCGGGAACACGUUGGCGAAGAAGGGGAAAGAAAGAUGGGUUCUUUCAAAGGUCAUGCUUUGCCAGGUACGUUGUUCUUUGUGGUUGGAGUCUGGCACAUUUGGAGCUCUGUGGUUCGCUUCGUAUCCAACCCCAAGUCAUUUCGGGUUCGAGUUUGGCACCCUGUCCCUGGUUUCAACGGUAGGAUCAAGUACUUGGAGCUUUACGUUGUCACCAUUGGCUCACUCAUUGACCUGUGCAUCGAGUUCUUCUACUCCACUCAUCUCAACUUCUUUGUCAAUGGUGUCUUGAACCCUUCCCACAUGAACGAUUUCGAGCACUCUGGGAUGCUUCUCAUGUUCUUCAUCCUCGGUUUUAUCGCUUUGUUCUCCGAGAAAACCAGGUUGCUUCCUCUGCCACAAGAAGCUCUGUGUUUAAUAGCUGCAACAGCUUUUACAGCCCAAGGACUUCUCUUCUUCUUCCACUCCACAAGCCACAAAGGUCUUGAAGGUUAUUACCACCUCCUCCUCGUCUUUCUUGUCGGUCUCUGCGUCAUCUCCUCAAUCGCAGGAGCAAUCUGCCCUACAAGCUUCCCAGUAGAUCUAUGCAAUGGCAUUGCAAUGAUUCUUCAAGGCCUCUGGUUCUAUCAAACAGCUUUCACUCUCUAUGGCCCUAUGAUGCCUCAAGGCUGCGGUUUAAAAGGAAGCUCUGUCGUUUGCAGAUCAGUCGAUUCCGUAGUCUCUGGAGAAUUUCUGGCUAAUUUUCAGCUCUUCUCUUUGGUUCUUGCUGUUCUUGCCUGCGUUGUGGGUUCUUAUGUUUUUGCAGCUUCAAGAUUUGGAACAAGUAAAUGAGAUAUUUUUGGGAAGUAGAAACUAGGUUUUUUUUUUUUUUGCUACAUGUCUCUAUCUUAUAACAAAUAUGUUACUUUGAGGCCUUAGAGCUCAGCUAAUUUAGAGAAAAAAUAAAGCAAAAAUCGGACCUUUAUUGUGUAACGGACUGAAAAUU